AACGCGAGUGUAAUCGCGAUUCGAUCACUAGUGCAACUGCAUCUAGCCAAGCGAACGUUUUCCUGCUCAUAAGUCUCUCACCUGCCAAUAAACCGGUGUCGGUUAAAGUGCAAUCGGACAUUAUUAUGAUCACAGCACUAUAAUCUUGACAGCAACAAACUGCCCUGCCGGAGAUGAGUGGCACCCCUCUGCCUGUUCCGCUUGCUUCAGGCCGCGCAGCCCUGGACUGCAGCGUGGAGGGCCCGCACUAUAAAUGCAUACGUACGCCGCCCCGGCCGCGUCUGUCCGCCGCAAGCGCGCUCGCCUCAGCCACCUAGCGCACGCGCAGCCAACAAACACACGAAAAAUACAAUUAAUUUUAAACAUGAACAACGCCGAACUCUACCAGGGGAACAACACCCUCCAAAAGAGAGACGCCAUCGACUGUUUAGAAGAAUUCGCAAAUAAAAUCAGAUGGAAGAGAAGCGGGGAGCGGAUCAUAGAUAUCGGAUGCGGCGAUGGCAGUGUUACCGUGAAGCUACUUCGGGAGUACGUACCUGACAACUUCGAGAAACUCUUGGGCUGCGACAUAAGCGAGAAAAUGGUCGCGUUUGCGAACCUACAUCACAAGGACGAGCGGACUGAUUUCACAGUACUGGAUAUUGAGAGGAAACUGCCGAAGGACCUGAGGAAUGCCUUCGACCAUGUAUUUUCCUUUUAUACCCUUCACUGGAUUAAGGAUCAAGAGUUAGCGUUCGAGAACAUCUUCGACCUGCUCACUCCAGGAGGCGAGUGCCUGCUCAGCUUCCUCGGCCACAACCCUGUCUUCGAUGUAUACCGGAUCCUGGCUCAGAGCAACAAGUGGAGCAGCUGGCUGCGAGGCGUUGACCGGUUCAUAUCGCCGUACCAUGAGUCACAGGAACCAGAGAAAGAAAUCUGGAAAAUGAUGAAUAAAAUAGGAUUCAAUGAUAUCUCUGUGAAAUGUCAAGAGAAAAUAUUUAUCUACAACAGUCCUGAAUCUGUAAAAAAAGCAGUUCAGGCAGUGAACCCCUUCCCUAUGCCAAAAGACGUGUUCGACGACUUCAUGCUCGACUACGUGGACGUGCUGCGAGACAUGAAGCUGAUCGACGAGAGCAACAACAACAAACCGGCCAGUAUCAGGACAAAUUACAAACUCAUUGUGGUGUACGGGAGCAAAUGAGACUUGAGUACAAAUGCCUGAACUCUUUACGUGGUAUUAUACAUAUUAGCCUAUUCGAUUGGCCAGUGCCUGUAUAGCAUUCCGAAUUAUUUAGUUUCCAAAAACAAAAAACAUUUUCUUUGAUAUUUGCUUAAGAAUAACAUUAGUAUCAGAAUCUGAUUACGCUCUAAAAUAACCACAGUUACCUGGGUGUCUUAAAACAACGAAAUGUCCAAAUAUAAGUGCUCCAUAAUUGACUCAUUGUUAUUUACCGUAGUAAGGUGUAACGGGGUAUGUAUAACGCAAUCUCAGUCUUGUAUGAAAAAACGACAGCAUAUAAAGCUGAACACUGGGGCAACUUAACAUGUUGUAAUAGGUUCUACAUUAGUCUGAGGUGCUGUUGGUGUAUAUUAUUCUUUAUUAACAAAAUAAAAGUGUAAACUUAUUUUACUCAAAAAUAAAAGUGUGUCCGUGAGGCAAAGAGGCGAGGAUGCUGGCUGCAUUUCCUCGCUGAAUGGCAAUAUUAAGCCUUUGUGCAAGGAAAGAGCCAGCAUUUAGAUUGGUUGGUUGUACAAAAAUCAGAGAACAAACCGUAUAUUUGUAUUACGUGACGUGGCCAGUACCUACCACAUUUAUAUGAGACCUAGGCCGGCCUCAUAGAAUUGAAAGAGGUUUUGCUGACUGAUCAAUUUGUUAUUAGAGAAACAUAAUUUUUAAGAUGUUUUUAAGUUAUUUAUAAUUUAUUAAGUUAUUCUUUGUUAUAGAUAUAAGCAAUGAUAUUAUAGAACUAUAGAUAUGUUACGUUCAUAGAAAUUACGAUUUUAAUCCGUGCCGAGCUAUUCCAAAUUGCACACAUUGACAAAUGUAACUGAUAAGUGAAACAAAAGAUACGAAAUAGCACGCAAAUGAAAGAGAUAGCUAUAGUUUUAACGAUUCUGCACUAACUAAUCUAUGUCCGCAUCGCACGCAUCCUUAUCGCUCUAACGUCAAAACAAGAUCGCUUUCUCUUUCUUAACUUGAACAUGGCGCAUGGCGUCUUGAUUGUUUGCAUAAAUAAUUGAAAAUAUAAAUACUAAAUAAUUUUGCAUAAUCACAUGUGGUAAGAGAUCCCUUGUAUUUUGUUUACUUUAGAGUCAUAAUUGGUACACUUUCGAAACACACACGAUGGCAUUUUUUAUUUAUUUUGGUAAGAACACAGGAACUUACGGUGUGGUACGCACGCGAUUGCGCACGACGCAGGCCACACGAAGACUAAACACAAGACGUCCCAAUUGGGACGUAUUUGAGUAUUCACAGCGUGAGCGCUUAUGACAUAUCUGCUUUUGUUUUUAUAUAAUAUCAUUGGAUAUAAGAAAAUACGUUAAAGUAUUAUACGAAGAAUUUAUUGUGCGUAAAGUUCCUUUAAGAAUCUAUUUUGCUUGGUAUUCAAGUUUUAAUGGAUAGAAUGGUACAAAAGAAAUUAUAGUGGGUUAAGGGAUGUAGAACUAAUAUUAAAAACCAAUUAUGGUGGUUUUAAUUAAGUUACAGUAAGUAUCAGUAUUGCAUUUCCACCGUAACCCAUCACGCAGUUUUGCAAAUAAUAAAAUAGUUUAUAAUAAAUGACAAAUAUUUUCACAAUAUUGUCUUAAUCGUACAUAACAUCUUCCUGAAACAAAAUUAUUGUCAUUAUCGUUUUAACAGUUGGGUAUCUGACCACUACUGACCAGUGACCACUAAACAUAACAAUGUUUUUUUAUCAUGUGAAAUGAAAUUGACUAUUUUUGUCUUCGGCACUUUUUAAGUUUUUGGUUAAAGUACUUCAGGACUAAGUUGCAAUAUUUUUUAAAACGUUGUGCGUUUUGUAUCGGUGACGACUACCCAAUUUCUAUUUCUUAUAUUGGUUGUGAACUUGUGACUACAGAUUGAAUUAGUUUAAUUUAAAAACUAAGUAAGUAAAUUAAGUUUUGUUCUAACAUUAAUUAAGUAUAAUGUAAAACCCAAUCUAGGAAUGGUAGAAUAUGAAAUAAAUUCAUAGAUCGUGUUUUAAUAGGCA